AUGCGAAUUUAUGGCAAGAGUAUAGCAAAUGGCACAGAGGCAGAGGACCUGAGGAACAAAUCAUCUUCUGCAAGGCCUAAGAGGUACAAGAAAAUUGUCCACACUUGUUCAUUUACUUUGCCUAAUCAUGUUGUUAAUACUGGGUCUGAGAUGUUUGAGCAAGAUCAACAGGAAGUAGCCAAAUGUCUGAUGAUGUUGUCUAGGGAUUUUGGGAACUGGAAUGGUGUUAGUUCAUUUAUGGAGUCUUCUGAUAAUAACUCUGUGGUUCUAGAAACUAAAUCAUCUUCUAUUGACAUGAAAACUCCUAAAAUGGAUGCCUCCAAUAGAGAAAAGUCAAGAUCGGGAUCAAAGGACUACGAUUAUCGUGAUUUUGGAGUGGCUUCAAAUGCAGGGAAGCAUGAUUCAAGAAAGAAAAGCAAAGAUAGCUCUUAUGAUCCUGAAUACAAAACUGAUUCCUAUAAGAAGAUAAAGCUCAGUUUUUCUGAGACUAAGAAGAAGAAGAAGUACGAGUGUUUGAACUGUAAGAAGAUCUUUAGCUCUUAUCAGGCUCUUGGUGGACACAGACCGUGCCAUAAAAGAACUCUCGAGUCAAGAUAUGAGACUGGUGAGAACCGCCUGGAUGUUGAUACUACCUAUAAUAAUAACAUAAAUGGUGGCAACCAUAGGGAGUCUCUUGGUAGCAGAAAAGCAGCUGCUGAAGGUUCAGCUUGCUACUUGGGGACAAAGAUUAAGGCCAAGAACGCAAAGGGCCACGAACGCAAAGGCCAAGAUAGUGUCAGGAAUGAAUAA